AUGAUUCAAAGCAGUGCCAAAAUCAGUCAACAAUAUGAGGUCGGUCCCGACAUUUCGGAACAAUUGUUUGACAACAUCCUGAAGGGGGAGGUUUUUCAAGCGUGGAAGCUCAAGGACAAUGCAUGGCCAUUAUACAUUGUCGGAGGUCCAGGUUCCGGCAAGUCGACGCUGGCCUCGACGGUAGCUCAGAAAUUAAAAGGGUGCGACAGGUUUCGGCCGAAUGCCGUAGUGACUAUCUUUGUGCGCGAGCAGAUGCAGUGGGACGACAAUGUCAGGUUCUUGAUCCUGCUCAAUGUUCUGCAUCAACUUUCUGAGCAGUCCGUUAAACCAAUCGCUGUCGAUGGAGUUAUCCGGCAGAGCCAAAAUCGCACAAGCGAUGCCGUUCCAGAUUCGGAAUCUUCUCUUAUCCAUGCCAUCAAAGAAUCCCUUCAGACAUUCGACAAUGGGUUUCUCAUUCUCGAUUGCAUUGACCGACUCGGGCCUGUCCCUGGUGAAUCUGAUGAUCAUGUCUGGAAGCAAUUCCAGGACCUCGGAUUCAAAGUCAUGUUGACUUCAAGGACACUCGCCUUUGAUGAAGAAGAGUUUCUGGGGACAUCGUGCGAUGCGUGUUACAGAGGACCACUACAAGUGUAUUGGAGAUGCGAGAGCGGCAUGCACAAGGCUGUCGACGACGACUGUGUAGGCAAUGAUGAUGAAGAAAACUGUGAGGAAGAAGAAGCUGCCGAUUGUGGAAAUGGUUUAUGUUGCGACGAUGACCUGGAUGUUGACCAACAAGUGGGAACAUACAUACUGUGUCAAGACUGCUACAAGUCAAGCGACGUUUGUCCAGAUCCCGAAUGCCAAGCUAGCGACUCCUUCAUUCAACCAUACACUCGCAGACGAAUCGACAUGAACGAAGCCGUGGCCGGGACACUGUCCAAAUUCGUCGCCCGGGAGCUCGAGACGGAGCACGGCAACUUGGGCCUCGACAGCGGCGCCACCAAUGUCCCGUCCCUGUCUCAGUUCGGCUCGGCGCUGCUAAACUCGCGGCGCUCGCGUCCUGCCCAGUGGCUCCGGAACCACAUUGCGGGCCUGGCCGACCACAAUGUCGCACUUGCGCGUCUUCGCGUCGAUAUCGUGCACGAGAACAUGGAGACCAUUCAAGAGGCAGAGGCGCUGCCGGGAGGACUACCCCACGCGCUGGCUGUGCUAUUCGAGGCCGAGAUCCAGGGUGUCUUGAGACAAAGCCAGAUAGAUGCGGACUUGGGUAUCAAGGCGCUCGCUCUCUGGGCUACCGGGGCCGAGACGGAGCAGUACUUGCUGGAGCAAUUGAUGGAAGUCGGCCACGUCGAGGAGAGUCUGUGUACUAUUGAGCGGGUGCUACAUACUACCAGAGGUUUGCUCAUGAUUGCAAAGUUGGAGGAUCGGCCGGUCUUGGCGUACACUUAUACGUUUGCGACAUAUAUCAAGGGCGGAUAUUGCGGUGUGGUUGACGAUAUUAUAGCCGAGUUGGGUGUCGUAUCAACUUGA